AUGGCCUCGGCGAGCAUCGACGCCACCCUCUCCGCCGCCAUUGAUGCCGACACCUCGACCGAAGAAAUCCUGCUCGCGGCCACCAACCACGACCUCGACGCCCUGCGCAAACUCUUCCGCACCUACGAUGCCAAAGUCCAGGACUCCGACACCGGCUUCUCCCCCCUCCACGCCGCCAUUGCUUCAUGCGAACCCGACGAGCACGUGCAGGACGAGACGGGCAUGAAUGGCGAGGGCGACGCGAUCAAUGGCCAUGCUCUCAGCGAGCAGUCCGCAUUGGCCACGGUGCAGCUGCUGUUUGAGAAUGGGGCCAUCUGGAAUGAGCUGGACAAUAACGACGACACCCCGGGCUGUCUUGCGCUCCGACUGGGCCUGUCAAAGGUCUAUGAUGCGAUUGUAGAUGCUGGUGUGCGAGCCGAGCUGCUGUUCAGUCGCCUGGACGACUAUGAGUUGCUGCCCGAUGAGCCAGUGGACGGCGAGGAUGGAACCCAUGAUGAUGAUCACCACGACGACGACGACAUCAUCGGCUUUGAACCCGCGCCCAAACGCAAUGAACCAUUGCCGCGGAAUACCAAUGGCCCCGUCCUCACCAACCCCAACGUCAACAGCGAGGACUACCUGCGUUCCAACCUGACCUACUCCGCCGACCGCUUGCUCGACUCCGACAAGAACGCGGUCAUGAUGGACUGGGAGACGGAGAUUAUGAAAAUCUCCGCCAACAAGCUCUGUCCCAAACCCGGCCUUCGCACCAUGAACGUUGGAUUUGGAAUGGGCAUUGUCGACACCAUGUUCCUCGCCAACUCGCCCGCCGAACACCACAUUGUCGAGGCGCAUCCGCAGGUCAUUGAGCGCAUGCGAGAGAAGGGCUGGUUCGAGAAGCCGAAUGUGAGAAUUCAUCAGGGGAAAUGGCAGGAUGUGUUGCCAAAGUUGAUCGCCGAGGGCGUCGAGCUUGACGCCAUGUACUACGAUACCUAUGCCGAAGACUACAGUGACCUGAAGUUGUUCUUUGAUGAAUAUGUCAUUGCUCUGCUGGGCACGCACGGGUUGUUUGGCUUCUACAACGGGCUUGGCGCGGAUCGGCAAGUGUGCUACGAUGUGUAUACCAAGGUCGUCGAAUUCCACCUAGACGAAGCCGGUCUGGACGUCGAGUGGAUGGACAUUGAUGUACCCGAUCUGGCCGGCCGUGGCGAAUGGGAGGGGGUGCGCCGACCGUACUGGGCCAACAUCAAGACCUAUCGCCUCCCGACCUGCAAGUUCCUGGGCUGAAUGCUGCUGCUCGACACUUCUGGCCGCUUAUAUCGUUAACGAGCAGCAGUCGCUUUCAGUCCUCCACGCGCACGGGUCCUCGUGCUGUCUCCCGGAUGAUGCCUCCACGGCUGAGAGGACAUUGCGCGACUACGAUGGCGUGAAGAAGAACGCGCCAUUGAACUGCGGACGCCGACCCCAGCGUACGGCCUCGUGCAGGACAUCUGGUUCGCGGAAUUCCCGGGUGAUUGCUAGAAUGAUGCACGUGACUCACCAGCUUCGGCACGUUGCACCAGACGUCUUCCUUCGAGUUGCUG